CUUCUGAAUUGUGCCAGCGCUAGUGAAAACUGUUGAUAAAAUGGCAGCAAGGUGGCUCUGGGUUCUUUUUGCCAUUUUUCGGGUGCUGUGGUGCCUAGCUCCUCAGACAGGAUACUUGCAUCCAGAUGAGUUCUUCCAGUCUCCUGAGGUUAUGGCAGGUGAUAUUUUAAAUCUUCAAACUUAUCGCCCUUGGGAGUUCAAUACCAGCUUUCCUUGUAGAACAGCAGUUUUUCCAUUGCUUACGUCUGGCGCUAUGUUUUGGAUGUUACAGUCCUUGCAGCACUCAUGCUUGGGUAUAGAUGCCAUCAGUGGUUAUACACUGCUAAUAUUUCCACGACUUUGUAUGACGCUCCUCUCUUUUAUGCUUGACUAUGCAGUAUACCAUUCAGCCCCAUUCUGGAGAGCACAUCAGUGGACAUCUAUGCUACUUCUUUCAGGAUCCUAUGUUACACUAGUGUUUUACACAAGGACAUUGGCCAAUGCAGUAGAAGGAAUCUUGUUUGCCAUGCUGUUGUUUUUAGUGGCAACAGACCUGAGAAAUCACCGAGCAGCAACAAAACUCCCUAACAGCCACUUGAAGCAUGCCAGUAUGAUUGGAAUUGUAACAGUUGCUGGUUUCUUCAAUAGGCCCACAUUCUUGGGCUUUGCUGCUGCACCCGUUCUGUACUGGUUAUCACAGGUCAGCACCGUCAACAUGUCUCCCUUCAGCAUUGCAAGAUUUUUACAGAACUCUAUGAAAAUGGUACCAGCUGCUGUUUUUACUGCCAUUGUAUUUAUUGUUGCAGACACAUUGUAUUUUAGUUCUGGAAUACCACUGCAUGGUGUUACCUGGACAGAUAUUACAAGCUUGUGGAAAGUUAUCACCUAUGUUCAGCAUAAUGUAGUUUUGACCCCCUGUAACUUUCUGAUUUAUAACUUGGAUACACAGAAUCUUGCAAAACAUGGAAUCCACUCUAGAGCUACUCAUUUUAUAAUUAACAGCACUAUGCUAUUUGGAGUCCUGCAUGUGUCUGCAGUAAUAUCUGGUUUGAAGAUAAUAAAGAAUAGCAUAAAAAAGAAAAUAAUGCAACAACAGCAGGUCACAAAGAAAUCACAACGCAGUAUGCCCAUUGUCUCAGAAUGUCAUUCCCUUUUGUUAUUGUUUUAUUUUACUCCUUUAACACUUUUAUCUCUGUUUUGCCACCAGGAGCCAAGGUUUCUUAUUCCACUUAUUGUACCACUUGCUCUGUUCAUUGCAUCACAGGGUGAAGUGAAAUGGAAAACUGUUGUCAUUUACAACAUACUUGGUGCCCUUAUGUUUGGCUGGCUGCACCAAGGUGGCAUCAUUCCAGGCUUGUCUCAUUUAGAGCAGGUUAUUCAUUCCAGGGGUCAGGGUAGCCAGCUGCAGAAAACAUUUAUCUUUUAUCAUACCUACAUGCCUCCCAGAUUCUUGCUUAAUACAGAUAAAAAACAUGAUUCUGUUAAAAUCAUUGAUCUUUUUGGAGCUGAGGAACAAGUACUUUGCCGUGUGCUAGAAGAGUUAAUUCACAGUACUUUUCACUUAGGAGGAUCUGAGAAAACCACAAACAGCUGCUUUUAUGUUAUUGCUCCAGGAACAGUUACAAACUCAGUUCAGAGCUGUAAGAUCUUGUUUACAAAUGUUUGGUCAUUUUUUCCUCAUGUAACUAUGGAAGAUUUGCCAGAACUGCACUCCUUGCCUGGUAAUUGGCUAAGCCAGUUAAGCCUGUACAUCUUUGAGGUGAAGUAGCAUUGCUGUUGAGCAGUAUAGAAAAGAAUAUACAUAUUAUUUGCAGUUCAUCAGUUAAGCAGUAAUUCUGAAAUGACCUGGCAUUUCCUAGGAAUUCACUACUUACUUAUGAUGCUGAUUUCCCAAACUAAGACAUCACUCCCAGCAAGGGGCUUAAUUCUGUGAAAAAGCUGAAGCAAGAUGAGCAGUCCUGGAGUCCACCAGUUCCCUCUGUUCAGGCAGGAAGAUUUCCCUAAUUUAUGUAUUACAGCACGCUUGCUACAUGGAUCUAUAUACUGCUCUCCCUCCUGAAUUUCAUGUAAGGGCCUGAGCACUCACCCUGUCUGCUUUCCCAAGCUUUUAGAGGAGAAUGUCAGGUUUCCCCUAAAUUAAGUCUUGCAGUAUUACUCACUGCAUGGAUUGAACUAUGCUCCAUCCUGAUCUUUAUUUUAAGAAACUGAACUGUCCCCAUAUGGCAUCCCAAGCUUUAAGUAUGUGUAGGGUCCCUAAACUGACUACAUAGUCAGCUACAAGAAUAACAUCUGAUUGGUGAUGAGGUGUUUCCAUGUUCUCCCCUCUUAGUUUACAAGCAUCCUAGGCAAGUUGGUAUCUCUUUCUAUAUCAUGUUUCUGAAUCCAAUUUAUUAUCUAUUUUUACAGUGUCAAAUUAAUUUUGUAUGAAGUACAUUUAAACCCCAUUGCAUACGAACUGAUUGUGCAUUUACUUUUGUAUUGCAUUGCUUAUUUGCAUUUCCUUAGUGGCAGCCAAUGUUACGGACUUUAAUUCAAUGUGAAUUAAUGCACAUAGGUUUAUUGUAAUUCUAAAUUCUUGUCUCUGUUGUAUUCAAUUGGUAUGCUUGAAAGUAUGUGCAAAUGACUCUCUGCACAUCCUUUCCUACUGCCAGAUGGAAUUCUGUAGGAUGACCAUAAAUAUGGUUCCUCAUAUAGCAGAAGAGUUCUGUAAUUUCUUGGUAGCAUUUAUUCCCUUUAGCAUUCUAGGUUAAAGUAAAAUGCAUUUUUUUUAAUUCUGUAGUCAUGACUUGACUAGGUUAAGUCAACCCAAGAAUACCUGACAUACAAAUAAUAAUAAACCUGACUUAUAAAUAAUAAUAAUUUUCACUUUAAUUUGCAGCAUACAGAUGGUUAACUGGUAAUUAUAAUUACAUGCUAAGCUAGUUCAUUUUAGACCCCAUAGUGUGUUUGUUGAAAGAUAUCUAAAACAUGUAAAGCAGAUGCAAUUCUGUCAUUGCUUAUGACUGACGCUAUAUAAAACAGUUACCCCAUAC